GUCGAAUUUCUAUGUGUACAGAUCAAUGAUCCAAAUACUCAGUUCGCAAAGAUAUGUGAUAUCAUUGUAUCAUUCACACUUCCACACCUCCCUUGUCAACUACCUCUAACGGUACUACAUCGCAUCAUCUUGCAACACCUCAUAUCUCGUGUUCGCCCACUGUUAGCCUUUCAACCAAUAAAAAGGACUCAGGCGGUUGAACUUGAUCAUCUUCUUGCUCAGCAUAUACAUGAAUAUUAUCACUUUCCCUUUCACUUUAAUUCAGCACUUCUGUCCCUGCCUGUGGAAUCAUUUGGAUUUGGUUUCCCCUCUAUUUCAAGACUAAACAGUACAAUCGCUCUGCAGGGAAUGAUGAUCACCCUAGCUGAUUGGAUGUGUGGUCUGAACCACUGCGUCUAUCCCCUCGACAGGCCAUCUGUAGAUCAGAGCUUUUCAUGCUGCCGACACAGCUUGCCUUCACUCUGGAUCACUGCACAUGAGACACUACACUCUGCCAGUCUAACAGUCCCAAUGACUGAUCAGUCUUUCCUCUUGGGAGAUGUUGCACUACAACACCUACUGUGUGCAUGUCCAUCUUCAUCAUUUCCACUUUCUUCUUAUGAUGUAUUAACUCUUAAGACUGAAGGUUAUCGUCACCUUAGUGGCUCACAUGGACCUUCCUCGCCUUCGUCUUUGACUCUCUGA